GCGUUCCUCCCUUUCAUCAACAAGCCCCGCCUUAUCCCUCAGCACACCCACCACUAAGGGCCAGCCCUGCUCAGGCGCAGACCUUCCGGCACUCCGGGGUCUCCUUUGUCUGUCAGAGGAGGGAGCGAAGCCCGAGGAAGAUUGGCCAGGCGGCUAGAGCGGCUCUUUCCGCAGGUUUCCUUGUGAGCCUGCCCUGUGCUGGCGGAUUCUCGCAUCCGGGUUGAAGCUGGCGCGUUUCCUGUGGCGGCGGUCGGGAAUAAUAAGGACAGGGGUUUCCAGAAAGUGGCCUCGUUGGCGUCGGGCCUAGAAGGAGAUAUUCCUGUGACAACAGAUCCUGCAGAGAAAAAUGAUGACUUAAAAUGAGGAGGGGGAAGAAGAUGGGCCACUGUGAGAGACAGCUUCAGAAGAGCAACCCAUAUUCAACUGUGUUUUGUUGCUGUUCAGGAAGGAAUUUUACUACAGAAGGGUUUUGGCAUCGGUGAUGAGAAAUGGGGUAUGAUGUAGCACGCUUUCAAGGGGAUGUUGAUGAAGACCUCAUAUGCCCCAUUUGUAGUGGGGUCCUGGAGGAACCAGUGCAGGCUCCUCAUUGCGAACAUGCCUUCUGCAAUGCCUGCAUUACCCAGUGGUUUUCCCAGCAGCAGACGUGUCCCGUGGACCGCAGUGUUGUGACGGUGGCUCACCUGCGCCCUGUUCCCCGGAUCAUGCGUAAUAUGCUAUCUAAGCUUCAGAUUACUUGCGACAACGCUGUUUUUGGGUGCACUGCCAUUGUGCGCCUCGACAACCUGAUGUCUCACCUCAAUGACUGUGAACACAAUCCAAAGCGGCCUGUGACUUGUGAACAGGGAUGUGGCUUGGAAAUGCCCAAAGAUGAGUUGCCGAAUCAUAACUGCAUCAAACACUUAAGGUCAGUGGUUCAGCAGCAACAGACCAGAAUAGCUGAACUGGAAAAGACUUCAGCAGAGCAUAAGCACCAGCUAGCAGAACAGAAACGUGACAUUCAGUUAUUGAAGGCAUAUAUGCGAGCAAUACGUAGUGUCAACCCCAACUUACAGAAUCUGGAGGAGACAAUUGAAUACAAUGAAAUCCUAGAGUGGGUGAACUCCUUGCAACCUGCCCGGGUGACACGGUGGGGUGGCAUGAUCUCCACGCCAGAUGCAGUGCUCCAGUCUGUGAUCAGGCGGUCACUGGUGGAAAGUGGCUGCCCCACAUCGAUUAUCAAUGAGCUGAUUGAAAAUGCCCAUGAACGGAACUGGCCCCAGGGACUGGCCACCCUAGAAACUCGUCAGAUGAACCGGCGCUAUUAUGAAAACUAUGUGGCCAAACGCAUCCCAGGCAAGCAGGCUGUGGUGGUGAUGGCCUGUGAGAAUCAGCACAUGGGUGAGGAGAUGGUGCUGGAGCCAGGCCUGGUGAUGAUAUUUGCACAUGGAGUGGAGGAAAUCUAAAGACUUAACAGAGCUGAUAAAACAAUGUGCUUGAAAGGAAAAAAAAAUGUAUCAUGUCCAAGCGCACUGAUUGUGCCCCUGCUGUGCUGAACCAGGGCAUUAUUCUUCUCUAAGUUGAUUUAAAGCAUCACUCCUAAUCAUGCUGGGCAGGUGCCCCAGCAAUGUAUGCAAAAUGCCAUGCUGCAGUCACUCCUCUUUGUGGUACUUUACCUUGGUUGAUGUUGGUUUCCAAAUAUUUAGGUAAAAGCACUCCUCUUUGUGCUCUCAAAAGAGCAGUGGUCUGCUGCUAAUAGUCUUGGACCUCUAGAGAUGACUCCAUUGGCCCAAGGGGCUUAGUGUUCCGGUGUUGGGGCGUGACAGGCUUCUGGAUCCUGACGUAAACGUUUUUCAAAACUGAAAGCUUAUUCUUAAGACACGCCCCCAAGCCCCGGCAGUAUGGUUUCUCUUGUCAUUCUUUAAGAUGUUUCUGUGCAGGCCACACAACUCUUCCAUAAUUUCUUACAGUACCACACUACGUUCAAGGGUUGGGAGGAGAGAACAAACAUGAGAAAGCAGAUUCCAAACGGGGGGUGCUAGAGAUAUGCCAAAUAAAAUACACAUACUCGUAGUGAUCUUUUUGGCAUUAACAAAUACCUUUGAGCCAAAAAGCAGACCCAUUUGGGAGAUUAAUGGCGUACCUCAUCUGGGACUCGUGGCCUUAGGAUGCACAUGAGGUUGCCUGCACUCUUCCUAUGGGGAAUGUCAUUCUUUAGCAGUGUGCCGCUGCUGCCACAGGACAAAAUGGAAUUUGUUAUUGCAGAGCCCAGCUGUACUGUCUCCUCCUUGUGCUCUUGAAACAUUGCUGAUGACAGGUGCUCUGCUGACUGCAGCCCUUUCUUGUAAGAUGCAAGCCUCUCAGCCCCUUUGCUCAGCCUGACCAGAAACAGGCUUCUUUAAGUUUGUGUGUGCCACAUGAGGCAGCCUCAGCCGUGCUAAAAAAAAAGGAAACAGAAGAAAAUUAACCUUGGAUGAAAUUGUCUUGUCAUUGUCUGUUGGUUGUUUUGACAAAUCUGUGUGUGAUUUUUGUUUUGACAUCUUGAUGACUGUGUUUGGUAUUUUUGUACUACUUUUUACCUUUGUAUGUUUCCCUUAUUUUAUUUUAAAUACAGUGGUCAGGAAUGUCUUCAGAUCCAAAUUCAGUUUUUCUAUCAUAUUUAAUUUAUUUGCAGUCUGUCUUUGUGUUUUUUUCUACAGCAACUUUCUUCUUUUCUGCUGCUUAAUUUUUUCCCCUUGCAUCUGUGCUAGAGGGGCAAGUAACAGAUGCUUAAUUGUUACCCUGACAGUACCUUCUGAACAAGUUUGCUUUAAUCUCUUAGACUCCCUCAAUAUCCCAGCUGUGCAGAAAGUUGGGCCAAGACUGAAUUCUGCUUCCCAUGUUCUUGAUGCCUGAAUAGUUGUUUCAGUGCUGAAAUUAGGUUGUAUGACAGUUGUCCAUAGCAACUGUGUCCAUUGUAGAGCUUGGACCACUGUGCAAGCAGUUUCCUCUGCAAAUGUCUAGGACAAAGAAAAUAUCAGUAGGGCUGAACUAUCAGCAGGAAUGUUAGCUGUGAGAGAAUACUACCUACCUCUUCUUCCAUGCUCAACCUGGAUGCAAUGGAAUGCAUAAUUUGGAAGAUCUGUUUUUUCCAACACAUGUUGCAGGUGGCCUGGUUCCUCAUUAUUACCUUAAUGUAGAGAAUCCAUGUUGAUCUGAAGAUGGUUCUCACAAGUUUGAGCCUGCAGCCUGGUCCUCUUUUGCUGGGAAACUGAAAGAGAGGGAAUCACCAUAGAAAGAUGUAGUUUUAAAACUCGGAUCCUCUUAACACACUCCCAUUAAUCUCACAGAAGUUCCACAUUUCCUAUGAAUAAACUGCAUGAAUAAUGCUGCUUAGCUUUGCUUAUGAAUAUACACCAGGCAAAUACCAUUCCCCGUUUCAUUCUACGAGAAUUGCUUGUGCUUAGGAGACUCUCUAAAUCUGCAGCAGUCAUUCAGUUUGGUGGCCUUUACAUUUCGCAGAUGUUUCUGUCAGUUUUUAGUGUUUUCAGCUCUACAUUCUUAUUUUUCCUGUCCUUCAGCUACCUGCUGUGCUGGUCUCCUUAUUGUGCUCUUCUCCUCCAUGUGGAACUUUUCUUUAGCAACUUAAGGCUCUCUGGUAUGGUUACCAAGAACAUUUUGGCUACUUCACCCAAACUGUCAAAGUUACUUUUAAAAAUAGCUCCUUGAGUUUCAUGUAUUUUUAUGUAUGUUGUGUUUAUAAAAUAUGGAAUGUGCAUCAAAAGCCCAAUCAGUUUUAGGGAUGGGAUGGGUUGUGCUUGUUGUAUUAAUGCCAGUAGCCUGACUUGUUUUGAAAGAGGAUCUGUUGGUUGGAAGGAAUGCUCAGGAAUUUUGAAAAAGCUGCUAAAUCCAACCUAAUAACUGCACCUUGAGCUCCACUAAUUUCACUUUGCUCCUAACACACCUUGUUUCCCCUCAUGAUGUCUUGCUGGUGCUUUCCCUCGUGCUCUGAAAUAUACCAUAGGGUUUUGUUUAUGUCUCUUGCCCAUAUGCAAGUUGCUGGUUGCCUUUUGUGUUCUGCUGUUCAGUUGUGUUGACUGCACUAAUAAACUGCCUUUUUUUCCUGA